AUGAAAAAUUGAUUAGUAGUAAAAAUACAGUCUUUAUGCCAUCAAGUUUUUGAUUCAUUUCUUUCUCAUAUCCUAAUGUUUUCUUUAAUGGUACAGAACAUGCAAAUGUCCCUAUAUUGGGAACUGUUUCCCAGAGGUUAGAGCUGUAAACUUCUCUGAAAUCAGUAGUUUAAAACUUUUAGUUCCUUACAGUCUGGAAGUUUUUCCUUACUCAUCUUUUCUUCCACCUAAGACACACCUUAUUCAUAAAAGUCAUUCAAUUAAUAUUUGUUAUAUGAAAUUGGAUGAAAGAUUGAGUCUUAGUUAAUCUUUCAAGAUCUUUUGUAUCCUUAAAAUAUAAAUAGUUUGCAAUGUGUUGCAUAUUUAGUGCUAAUGUGAGCUUUGAGUUCUGGGUGAAGAAUGAAUGAAUAAGGUAGAGAAAAGGAAAUCAUUUUUUUAAAAUAAUUUUUUGAAAAAUUUCUUUUGAUUGAAUUCAAUUUUCAAGGAGAAAUUGUUGAGCUUCUUUUUCAGUUUCUUCCCCCACCCUCUUACUUCUUUUUUCUUCUUUGGUACUUUCUGAUCUUGCCUCGAUAAUGAACAUGGAAAUGAUGAUAACUUUUUUGUUUUCUUUUCUUUUUUGAGACUGUUAUAUGUGAGAUACUUGUACCAUUCUAUCUUGUAGAAAACUAUCUUGUGGGAAAUAUUAUCUUAUAUUUAUAGUAGACCAAAUUGAGAUACAAAGAGAUUAAGUUACUUUUCUAAGUCACAUGAUAAGCAAUGGAGCCAGAUUCAAAGGCAGGUGUGUUGAGAGCCAGUGUUCUUCCUCCUGCAGUGUGCUGCCUUGCUAUUGCAAAGUUUGUGUGCUUGUUAGGCCCUCCCAUAUUUCAUACUUAACUAUUGCUUACUCCAUUGAUCUUUCAGUCUGUAUUUACAGUGCCGGUAGUGCCUUUGCUUUCAGCCAGUAUAGCAGAAAAGAAGUCAAUUUACACAAAAUCUAAAUAGUAAAGAAUUUCACUCUUUCAGAUUUUACACUUAAAAAGAAUACCAAUAAACUCCUAAUUUGUGAGAUUUUGGAGUGUUACAGAAAGUUUUUUUGAGAAGGGUAUAGUUUAAGGAUUGGAGGCUACUAGGUUUGUUGGAAAUUUACCUUUAGGGUUAGUUCUUCUAAAUUGCAUCCAUCUCACAGCUUCUUCCCUGAUUUUAAACAGUCAAUCAAAAGCACCAAAUAGUUUUGUAACCUUAGUCACAGCAGUGAAUAAUGCUCUGUGUGCAUAUUUAGGAAUGUAGUGAACGUGAUGGGUAAAGACAAAGGUACAUAUGGUUGGAAGAAUGAGCAGAUACUAUAUUUUGGGAGAUGCAUGUUGGGUCGGUUAACUACUGUGAAGAAAUAGUUUUUAAAGAUAACUUAUGACCUGGAUACUUUUAAGUUGGAGACAUAUAGGCCAAUCAUAUUAGAAUAUCAUUGUAAAUAUUUACAUUUGCUACUAUCAUUGCUGAUAUCAUGGUAAAUCCUUACUCUCUUAAAUUGAAGUUUUAUUGGUUUUAUAGUUGAUGGAAAAUAUAAGACUGAUUUCUUCUAAAGAUCACUGUUCUAUAUAAAUAAAAUAUCUAGUUAAUCUUAAGGAAAAGUAAGAAAUUUUGGAUUAGGUAGUUGGAGUUUAAAAAAAUAGACUUGCAAUUUUAAUUUGUUUUAUUCAUAUCAAUUCACAACAUGUUUUUACACAUGUACAGUAAUUAAUGUGUUAAUCUCCAGACCCAUGUACAUGAGGGAGAUACUCACAUUUAAUCUUUAUUGUAUUACUUUUAAACAAGUAUUUAUAGCAUUGAUAAUCUAAAGGAUAUCGAUUAAUAGAUUGUUUGAAAAUCAAAGGCUUUUAAAAACAAAUGAUUCAAGUUAUUUAUUAUAUAGUUUUUAAAUUACAUGAUUUAUUCAGAGCACAGUGAAUACUGAGAAAAAAUUUUUACUUAACUAUUUCUUGAGAAGUAUUUACUUUUUUGAUGCUACUGGGGAUUGAGCCCAGAGGGUGCUGUACUAGUGAGCUACAUCACCAGCCUUUUAUUACAGUUUUCUUAUUUUGAGAAAGAGUGUUGCUAAGUUGCUCAAGUGGGACUUGAAUUUGAGUUCUUCUUGCAUCAGCUUCCCCAAUUACUAGGAUUGAAGGUAUGCACUACUAGGUUCAGUUUAUUUACUUCUUUAUAAUACUUGAAACUAUAGGGUACUUUGGUUUUUUUUUUUUUUUUGAAACGGGCUUGCUAGGUAAUUUAGGCUAUCUUUGAACUUACUAUGUAGUCCAAGUUGGAUUUGAACUCACGGCAACCUUCCUGCCUCAUCCUCCUAAAUGCUAAGAUUCUAGGUGUAUGCCACCACACCUAGCUUGUUUUUUGUGGUAUAAUUAAUAUCAAAGAUCCCCCCAAAAUUGUGAUGUCUCAAAUGAGAUGUGACAUUGAAUUCCAAUGUUUUGGUAUAUUCAGAACAUAUAAAGAGUUGCUGCAAAAAUCAGAAUCCUUAGAGUCAUCUAAUUAAUGAUAUUCAGCAUAGAUUUUUAGUCAACUUAGGUUUCUUACAUUUAUGUUACAUGGGAAAAUCAUUUACAUUGCAGCAUAAAUUUUUGCUUUAUGUUACCCCUUCUUCUAAGCAUCCUCCUUUAAUGUUUAUUUUUCUUUGUUUUCACUGCUGUCAUGAAUGCUGACAUAAGUGGAAAUGCUAUGCCAGGAUAAAAACUGCAAUUAUGCAGUGAAAAUACUCAGAGCAAGGAAACCCCUAGGAUAUGGGGACCUGUUGGAUCUCUUCCAGCCUUGAAGGAAAACAGCUCAGAGGUUGUACAGCCUUUUCUAAUGGGUUGUGGAACCAAGGAACCGAAGAUUACUCAGCUAUGUCUGGCUGCCAUCCAGAGACUCAUGUCACAUGAAGUUGUGUCUGAGACUGCUGCUGGGAAUAUAAUUAACAUGCUUUGGCAGCUAAUGGAAAAUAGUCUUGAAGAACUUAAGCUACUUCAAACAGUUCUUGUUCUUUUAACAACCAAUACAGUAGUUCAUGAUGAGGCACUUUCUAAGGCAAUCGUCCUUUGUUUUCGAUUACACUUCACAAAAGAUAAUAUUACAAAUAACACAGCUGCUGCAACAGUGCGACAAGUUGUUACUGUUGUUUUUGAGAGAAUGGUUGCUGAAGAUGAACGCCACAAAGAUAAUAUAGAACAACCAGUACUGGUCCAAGGAAAUAGUAACAGGAGAUCUGUUAGCACCCUCAAGCCAUGUGCUAAAGAUGCAUAUAUGCUCUUCCAGGACCUUUGUCAGUUGGUUAACGCUGAUGCCCCUUACUGGCUAGUGGGGAUGACGGAAAUGACUCGGACAUUUGGCCUCGAAUUGCUUGAGUCAGUCCUCAAUGAUUUUCCACAAGUCUUUUUACAUCACCAGGAAUUUAGCUUCCUCCUGAAAGAAAGGGUGUGUCCUCUUGUGAUAAAGCUCUUUUCUCCAAAUAUAAAGUUCAGACAAGGAUCCAGCACUUCAUCUUCCCCAGCACCAGUUGAAAAACCAUAUUUUCCCAUCUGCAUGCGUUUGCUGAGAGUAGUAUCUGUUCUGAUUAAGCAGUUUUACAGUCUUUUGGUAACUGAGUGUGAGAUAUUUCUGUCACUUCUGGUGAAAUUUCUGGAUGCAGAUAAGCCACAGUGGCUGCGAGCUGUUGCAGUAGAAUCAAUACACAGACUCUGUGUACAACCUCAGCUGUUAAGGUCAUUUUGUCAGUCUUAUGAUAUGAAACAGCAUUCUACCAAGGUUUUUCGUGAUAUUGUGAAUGCACUGGGAUCUUUUAUCCAGUCCUUGUUUCUUGUCCCUCCUACUGGAAAUCCUGCUACAACCAACCAAGCUGGAAACAAUAAUUCAGGUGGCCCAGUCUCAGCACCAGCUAACUCAGGAGUUGUAGGGAUUGGUGGAAGUGUUACUUUGCUACCAGCAUUUGAAUAUAGAGGAACUUGGAUACCUAUUCUGACUAUUACAGUUCAAGGCAGUGCUAAGGCCACCUACCUAGAAAUGUUGGACAAAGUUGAGCCUCCAACUAUACCAGAAGGCUAUGCCAUGUCUGUGGCAUUCCAUUGUCUGCUGGAUCUGGUCCGUGGCAUCACAAGUAUGAUUGAAGGAGAGUUAGGAGAGGUUACAGCAGAAUGUUAUUCCACCACUGAAGCAGCUUCUUCACCAACACAGUCAUCAGAACAGCAAGAUUUACAGUCAGCUUCAGACCAAACAGAUAAGGAAAUAGUUAAUAGAGCUGUUUGGGAAGAGAUGGUGAAUGCUUGCUGGUGUGGUCUUCUUGCUGCGCUCUCACUCCUCCUUGAUGCCAGCACAGAUGAGGCUGCCACUGAGAAUAUUUUAAAAGCUGAACUGACUAUGGCUGCCCUUUGUGGAAGACUGGGCCUUGUAACUUCACGAGAUGCCUUUAUAACUGCAAUAUGUAAAGGUUCCUUGCCUCCACAUUAUGCUCUUACUGUAUUGAAUACCACCACUGCAGCUUCACUUUCUAAUAAAUCAUAUUCUAUUCAGGGUCAAAGUGUUAUGAUGAUCAGUCCAUCAAGUGAAUCACACCAACAAGUUGUGGCAGUAGGUCAGCCUCUAGCAGUCCAGCCUCAAGGGACAGUAAUGCUAACUUCCAAAAAUAUCCAGUGUAUGAGGACUCUACUUAACUUGGCUCACUGCCAUGGGGCUGUCCUUGGAACUUCAUGGCAGCUUGUCUUGGCAACUCUUCAGCAUCUUGUGUGGAUUCUGGGAUUAAAGCCUAGUAGUGGUGGUGCCUUGAAACCUGGAAGAGCAGUAGAAGGACCCAGUACAGUUCUCACAACAGCAGUGAUGACGGAUUUACCAGUGAUUUCCAAUAUACUUUCAAGAUUAUUUGAAAGCUCACAGUAUCUUGAUGAUGUAUCAUUGCAUCAUUUAAUAAAUGCACUUUGUUCCUUAUCUCUAGAAGCAAUGGAUAUGGCCUAUGGAAAUAAUAAGGAACCAUCUCUCUUUGCUGUUGCCAAAUUGUUAGAAACUGGUUUAGUUAAUAUGCACCGAAUAGAAAUUUUAUGGCGCCCUCUAACUGGUCAUUUACUUGAGGUCUGCCAGCAUCCAAACUCUCGAAUGAGAGAAUGGGGAGCAGAAGCUUUAACUUCACUUAUUAAAGCAGGAUUAACAUUUAAUCAUGAGCCUCCACUUUCACAGAACCAGAGGCUGCAAUUGCUUUUACUGAACCCAUUAAAGGAAAUGUCCAAUAUUAAUCAUCCAGAUAUACGACUCAAGCAGUUAGAAUGUGUAUUGCAGAUUCUGCAGAGUCAAGGAGACAGUCUUGGGCCUGGGUGGCCCUUAGUUCUUGGAGUCAUGGGAGCAAUCAGAAAUGAUCAAGGAGAAUCAUUGAUACGAACUGCAUUCCAGUGUCUUCAGUUGGUUGUUACAGAUUUUCUACCAACAAUGCCUUGCACUUGCUUGCAGAUUGUUGUAGAUGUUGCAGGUAGCUUUGGACUUCAUAACCAAGAACUUAAUAUUAGUUUAACAUCAAUAGGUUUAUUGUGGAAUAUUUCAGAUUACUUUUUUCAAAGAGGUGAAACUAUUGAAAAGGAAUUAAAUAAAGAAGAGGCAGCACAGCAAAAGCAGGCAGAAGAGAAAGGAGUGGUUUUAAAUCGGCCAUUCCACCCUGCACCACCAUUUGAUUGCUUGUGGCUGUGUCUUUAUGCAAAAUUGGGUGAACUGUGUGUGGACCCCCGCCCUGCUGUCAGGAAGAGUGCAGGACAAACUCUGUUUUCUACAAUUGGUGCACAUGGAACUUUAUUACAUCAUUCAACCUGGCACACUGUUAUAUGGAAGGUUCUCUUUCAUUUACUGGACCGAGUUCGAGAAUCUUCUACCACUGCAGAUAAAGAAAAGAUUGAAUCUGGAGGUGGCAAUAUUCUUAUUCAUCAUUCAAGGGAUACAGCAGAAAAACAAUGGGCAGAGACAUGGGUAUUAACAUUGGCUGGCGUAGCCAGAAUCUUCAAUACUAGAAGAUACUUACUGCAACCUUUAGGAGAUUUUUCAAGAGCUUGGGAUGUUCUUCUUGACCAUAUACAAUCAGCAGCACUCAGCAAAAAUAAUGAAGUAUCUCUGGCUGCUCUGAAAAGCUUCCAAGAAAUUUUACAGAUUGUGUCACCUGUCAGAGACUCAGAUAAGCCUGAAACGCCUCCUGUAGUCAAUGUCCCCGUGCCUGUCCUUAUAGGUUCCAUAUCAGGCCCUGGCCUGAGCAGGCCGUUUGUAAGAACAGAUUCCAUUGGAGAAAGACUGGGAAGAUACAGUAGCUCUGAGCCACCCAUAGUUACUGAUGAGCUUGAAGAUUUGAAUCUCUGGUGGGCUGCAUGGAAUACCUGGUAUAGAAUUGGAUCUGAAAGCACUAAGCCUCCUAUCACUUUUGAUAAACUAACAUUUAUUCCCAGCCAGCCUUUUCUUACAGCUUUAAUUCAGAUAUUUCCAGCUCUCUACCAACAUAUAAAGACUGGUUUCAACAUGGAUGACUUACAAAAGUUGGGAGUCAUAUUACACAGUGCUGUUUCAGUCCCAAUAAGUUCAGAUGCGUCUCCUUUCAUUCUUCCAUCUUAUACUGAAGCAGUUCUGACAAGUUUACAGGAAGCUGUACUUACAGCUUUAGAUGUUCUCCAAAAGGCUAUCUGCAUAGGACCAGAAAACAUGCAGAUAAUGUAUCCAGCUAUAUUUGAUCAGUUGUUGGCAUUUGUAGAAUUUUCUUGUAAACCUCCACAGUAUGGACAACUAGAAACAAAGCACAUAGCAAAUGCAAAAUAUAAUCAGAUCCAACUAUUUGCACCGGCAGAAUGGGUAGCCUUGAAUUAUGUACCAUUUGCUGAAAAAUCUUUAGAAGUAGUUGUGGAUUUAUACCAAAAAACAGCCUGUCACAAAGCAGUGGUGAAUGAGAAAGUUCUCCAGAAUAUUAUUAAGACUCUUAGGGUUCCUCUCAGUUUGAAGUAUUCCUGCCCUUCUGAAAGCACAUGGAAACUAGCAGUAUCUUCUCUCCUCAAAGUUCUUUCUAUUGGGCUCCCUGUCGCUCGGCAGCAUGCGUCCUCUGGAAAAUUUGAUAGUAUGUGGCCAGAACUAGCCAACACUUUUGAAGACUUUCUCUUUACUAAAAGCAUACCUCCAGAUAAUCUCUCUAUUCAAGAGUUUCAAAGAAAUGAAAGUAUUGAUGUUGAGGUAGUUCAACUGAUUAGCACUGAGAUACUACCUUAUGCCAAUUUUAUUCCUAAGGAAUUUGUUGGUCAGAUAAUGACAAUGCUUAACAAGGGCUCAAUACAUUCUCAGUCCUCUUCAUUUACAGAAGCAGAGAUUGAUAUUCGUUUGAGAGAAGAAUUUUCUAAAAUGUGUUUUGAAACAUUGCUGCAGUUUUCCUUCAGUAAUAAGGUCACAACACCUCAAGAAGGCUACAUCUCACGAAUGGCACUCUCGGUGCUUUUAAAGCGGUCUCAAGAUGUUCUACAUCGCUACAUAGAAGAUGAAAGAUUAAGUGGUAAAUGCCCUCUUCCAAGGCAACAAGUAACAGAAAUCAUAUUUGUUUUAAAAGCAGUCAGUACUCUCAUUGACUCACUUAAGAAAACUCAGCCAGAGAAUGUUGAUGGGAAUACUUGGGCACAAGUAAUUGCCUUAUACCCAACUUUAGUAGAAUGUAUCACCUGCUCAUCUUCGGAAGUCUGCUCUGCACUUAAAGAGGCACUGGUUCCCUUUAAGGAUUUCAUGCAUCCACCAGCAUCCAAAGUUCAAAAUGGAGAAUCUUAACCAGCUGCUUUUGAAUAUGGAGACAGAAAGAUACAGUAUCUUAAGAUUGCUCCUGAGUUUACUGUAAGAAGGACAUUUCUUACUACAAAAAUUCUUGGCAGUUGUUUGCCACCAUUAAAUUGUAAUUACCUGGGUUCACUAAUUCAUGUUAUAAACUUAUACAGCAACAAAGGCCUCUGAAUGAGUAGCCCUGUGAGUCUUUAAUGAGUUAAGCUGGUGGGAGGGAGAGUUCAUACCACAGCAUAGCUGCUACUAUAUCUUUAAUUGGUGAUUCAAAAGUGAGCUUAUGUACAGUUUGUGGUGUAUGUGUCAAUGAUGUACUUUUUAAAAUGAAAGAAAAGAUAAUUCAGAUUUAUUAGGCUGGUAUUUUUGCACUCUUUUUCAAGUGCAAAAUUGUACUAAAAUUUUAUGCAAGAUGGUACUGUAACAUUCCAUAUUAUUUACAACCAGCCUUUCUAAACAAAGGGAACUGAUAUACCUGUGUGUAUAAUAAAUAGUACAGUACUGUAUAAAAUAGUUACAUUUAUUGUUUAAAUUUUUAAAAUGUUGAUAAUGUUAAAUGCUUGAAGCUGUAUUUAUUAUUAAUACAAAAUUGUUUGCUUACAUUUUUACUUAUAAUUUGCUUUCUUAUGUGCAGGUAAACUUACCAUGUAAUCAAUUAGUUUCAUGCUUAUUUUAAAUGUGUUAUCACUGAUCAUUAAACAUUUGACCAGAAAGGUCAUGUGAACACAACAGCAAAUAGUUUAUGAUUUGCUGAUUUUUGAAAUACAACUUUGAAAUGGGUUAUUAAUUUAAUACAUUGAGAUAUAUUGUAGCACUGACUCCAUACCUCAUUUAAAUAUCUCUUCAAGCUUUCGCUUAAGUCAGUUUUUAUAUUUGCUGUCUAAAUUUUAAAGACUUUUCAUAUUUUAUAUUUCUACUGAUUUUUUUCUUGUGAAUUUGUCUUUGAUUUACAACCGAGAUAAGAUGAUUUCAGAUGUCCUAAAAUUUCACCUGUGAGGUUUUGUUGAUUUCUGUGCUUUAUUUUAUAAUGUCUUCUCAAGAAGAAAAACGACUACACUCUCCCAAAACUCUAAAACGUGUGUGUCUAUGUGUGUGUGUGUGUGUGUGUGUAUAUGUGUGUGUGUUAAAAAAAAGACAGGUGUACUUUUGGAGAUACUCAAGCAUUUAGAAGUGCAGUAAGCCUGCUGCCAUGAAGUAAAAUGCUAAGUUUGUUUCACUUUCCUAUUUGAGUGGAGAAGAAAAGUGCUGUUGAGUGCAUUAACUUGUUUCUUUAAAAAAACUGACAUUGACCUAGCUCACUAUAUUUUCUAUGUAAUGGAUUAUGCUGUUAUAUUUUUCUUCUCAGUUAAAUUUUCAUAAUCACUUAUGUGGAAACAUGAAGAUGUUUAAAAGAUUGAUUUUUUUCAUAAAUCUCAAUGGCAUUGGUAUUAUUUUAAUGUACUACAGGGCUUUUGAUUUUAAUAGUAUUUUAAAUUUCAACCUCUCCAGAAUAAUCAUAAAAUUAUAAGAAGCUAUUAAAAUUGAGUAAUGAAUGAGCUACAGUUUUGUGGAUAUUGUAAUUGUGUAAUUAUUUAAUUUGUGUUAUUAUCUGUAACCAUACAGUAAUGCCUUUUUGAGAUAAUAUUUAUUUACAUGAAUCAAUGAAUUUCUGCUUUAUUAUUUUCACCUAAGACUAAGGUAGAAUAUGUCACUUCAUAUAAUCUGCUUUUAACAUUCUCCUUAUAAGUUAUAACAAAUCACUCAAGUUGUAUAUUUAGUGUAUUUUUUAUACUUGGAUAUGUUAAAUUAGGGACUUGAAAAAAUACAGAUAUCGAUCAUAAAGGAUUAAAAUAGAAUAACAAUUGUAAUACUAUUUCAAUUGCUGUGAAUUUACAUGAAGUAAUAAUAUUUCUAUUCAUGAGAAAUAAGAGAUUAAUGGCAGUUAGGAUGAUUGUUUUCCAGUGAAAGUUAAAUAUGAGUCAAAGCUAUACAACAUACUUACAUAUUUUGAACUAAUGCUGUAUUUGUUUUUAGUAUCCGAACCAUGCCUAAUACUUCAAAAUAUCAGUGUGAUGAAUGUGUAAUCAAAGCUGUCUUAUUAAGUAUGUAGGCUGUCCCCGUGGUACAAUAAUUGACAGGCUUUUCUUCCCAGAAUAUCUUCCAUAAUUCCCCAGGAACCACUAUUGGUAAUAUGUGCUAUCAAAUCAGGCGUUCUUCUAGGCUGAGUUUUCUAAAAUAUGCCUCUUCUUAGAAAGUUGAUAGAUUGUUCUAAGAGUUGAGUUCUUCACUAAUUACAACUGUGUUAUGUGAAAUUAGAUCCUGGGCCAUUCAAAAAAGGAGGUUUCAAAGGUGUGUUCAUUGCUGCACAACUGAGUCCAUAACUAGUCCUGGAACAGGAGCAAUUGUGUCCUUGGGUACACAUAUUAGAAAAAUCGAAGAGUAAACCUGGCAUGAUCACUUUUUGUCACUGAGUGAAUAUAUGCUUCAGGGUUUUUGGACAAUAGACAUGUGCCAACAAUUGGAUGAUUAAGGUCCCUUUUUAUUCUGUCAAUUAUAAAGGUAACAAACUAAUUGUUAACUUGCAUAGGUUACUUUUUAGUUUUCAAUAAUAUUAUUACUACCAGGAAAAAAAUCAUAUAUCUUAUUAUUUUUUAUAACUAGUUUUAAAGUUUUAUUAAUUUUACCGUAUACAUUUAUUAGAGAUUAAACGCCAAAAGGAAACAAAGUGCUUGAAAGGUCUAGCUUAAAAUGGAUUUUCAUUUGCUUUGUUUUUUAUUUUUAUAUUAAUAGCUAACAAUUGUUUUGUUUUUCUUCUCUAUGGUUAUUGAAUCAACUCUUACCAAAUUCUUUAAAUUAGAAGAUGUGAGCAAUUAUCUGUAACAUUUUAUCUUGGAAAAUAGCAUUUAUUUUAGAGCGCAGACUAGUGAUAACUAUGCUAUUUGUGUUUUCUGAUAUAACCUGAAGAGUAUUUUGUUCAUUGUCACAAUUUGGCAUCGCUAUUUCCAGGUAAUCUUUGGUCAGAAGGUCAGUUAAGAAACCAAAUAAGUAGCAUUAAUUAUUGAAGUGUUCCAGAAAACAACGUGAAAAGUAUUCCCCAUUAGUUAAGUGAUGAUUAUAUUCAUAUUAAAGAAGGAUUAUGGAGCUAUUGUAUAAUGACUGAAUGAAUAUAUCUUCUCUAAUUGUAGAGUAAUUCAUAUGGACAACUAAAUCCUUAAGAGAACUACUAUAGAUGAAGUGUUAGCCAAGGCAGAACACUUUCAGGAAGCAUCCUGCCUGCACUUAACUUGUAGUUUAACAGCUCAAGAAUGAAUCAAAAUGUUUAGGCUUAGAAUACUGUGGGUUAUUGUGUUUUAUGGAAAACUACUACAGAUGUGGACAAAAUGGUUCUUUGAAAGCAUUGCCAGCAACCUAAUACAUUCCUUAGAUUUCUACUUGUAUUUGGCAGUUUUGACACAUAUGCUUAUCUUGCAUAAAUUAUUACAUUUUACUAGGCUUAGUAAUGAUGAGCUGUAUUUAUCUACAUUAUGAGAGGGGAUUUUACAUUUUUAAAAUUAUAUUCAUGAGACCAACAGAGGUUCAUACAAUACAGUGUGUUACUAGCUUAUAUGUGGGGGCUAGUUUUUAAUACUUCAUAAUCAUUUGAAUUAAAAAUUUUAUACCUCUGGAAAGUAAAGUGGUGCUUUCAUUUUGAAUGACAAUUUUUUAUAGUAUGCGAAAGAAAGCUAAUGUGUUUGUGUCCUAACUUAUAUACAGACCACCUAGAGGAGUUAGAUGAAUUUCUUAUAAAUCCUAUGAUUUUGAAUGUAUUAACAGUGUUUUUUUUAAGAGCAUGGUACAUCUUUUUGUGAAUAUGACUACUCUCAGUAAUCUUGACUAAUUGUAAAGCAAUGACAAAUCAAUAUUCUGCCUUUUAACUUGAAGCAUGUUCGGUUUUCAGAGCCUCUGUUUAUUUCUAAAACAGAGAUGACAACUAAUUCUUUAGAGGAGAAAUGCAUAAUUUGAGUUUGGAAUUGAUUUUAAAAUGACAUUGUUAGUAUAAUUAUUCAGGUUAUUUGGUAAGUUUGGUAGUGUAUCCUAAGAGAGAUUUUGACUAUUUGUUUUCUUUUUUCUUGGCCAUCACUUUUUUCCUGCUGUUAAAUUUUUUAAAAUUAUGUUUACUCUUAGUUUCUCCUUUUUUUCCCUCUUCCUUUCUCUGCUUCUCAUUUAGUCCUUUUUCUGAUUUCACCUCCUCCUUGAUCAUGAGAAGCAGAGCUGAUCAUGGUAGAACCACUGCUGACUGCCUUCCUAUUACAUGAGAUUUUGGAAAUAACUUCUACUUUUGGCACUAUUGCCUUUUUGCAAAGGUGAAAUUCCUUUGCCAUUUCGAAAUAGUGGAACAAGUUGAAGUAAUUUGUGAUUGUAGCUCCUACAGUCUUUCUGAAUCCACAGGAUUCAGCAGCCAAGAUGCUCUCACAAAAUGGGAUUGCUAUAAAUAUGAUAGCUUCAACAGCUAAACUUGGAACAGUGUGUCUUUGCUAUGAUGUGGAUGGAGAGAUGAUGCCACUUUUCUCAAAAGAGAAAAAUCUAAAUUACAUGAAUUCAUGUAAUGUAAAAUCUGAAUUACAUGAGUUUUUGCGUUUUGUGGUUUUUUUUUUUUUAAAUCUUUGAAGGUGGGUUCUUUCUGGAAGCAAGUGCUUUAAACUAUUUUAGGUUUAUGUUAUGUAAAUAUUAUUGUAGUAUUUUCAUGCCUACUUUCAAAAACUACUUGAGUUAGCAUAUUACCCCUGUCAUGUAUUGCUAUUUUUCUGUUGCAAAACAGUGAUUUUGAUGGAAGAUCUAGAAUGUUAGAAUUCUUAUUUCUGAGUGUUUCUAGAAUAUAUUUGGUUUCCAUGUCUUUGUUGCUUAUGGUGACACAGAGAUCAACUGAAACAUUCCUAAUUAUACUAAGGGAUUAAUUAUAGUCUCUCAGGUAAGAAAGAAAAUUAUUGAAUUUACAAUUGCUGCAAAUAUAGUUUCAUUAAGUUUUAUUUUACACUAAACUCAAUAGUGCUAUGCUAUUAUUUGAGAAACUAUUGCAAAUAAUAAAGUAUUUCUUUUUGUGAAGUUUUACUAGAAAGGAAAAAAAAUCCAAAGCUAUAAUAUUGCACUCUUAAUUCUUUUCAUCUAUAAAAAUAAAAUAAAAUACUAAGCUUUAAACCAAACUGUGCAGGUUUUGCUUGCUUUCUAGCUUUUACUACCUCUGUGUCAUAAUUGUAACACGUAACAUACAGCUCCUGUCUCUUAUGGCAGUUGCCAUAUGGUGUUUAUGUCAGACUGGAUAUAUUUAUCUAAUUUUGUGAGAUUCUUUUUAGCUCCCAACACAGUUCUUGAAAGUAGUACCACUGUUGUUAUAUUUUCUCCUUACAAUUUUUAUGUUGUUGAGAUGUAUCAGUUAUGUAUUAUAAUCAUGAGAGUCUCUUGAUGUCAAACUUAAAAUUUUUUUUUAGUCUAAAAUAGAUUUUUCACAAAGCUGCAUAGUAAUAACUGUAAUUGUAUACAACUUUAAUUCACUUUACAGUUAGCACUAAGCAUGAUUGUAGGUUUUAAUUAUGUUCCUGCAUUACUAAUUUUCUCAUUAUAACUCAAGGUUGAAAUCUCUUUUAUAACUUCCCUUCAGAUAUGAUUAAUAACUAAUUUUUAAUAUACUUAUUUCUCAUCCCCAUUAGAUUUAAAACAGUGACACCCUAUAUCACCUGACCCUGUUUAUAAAGACUUUAUAUGUAGCAAGUAUGUUUAAAGAUGGCUUAUAGAUAUGGUUAGUUUGUAGGAAAAAACAAAGACAAAUGUUUUUGAGAGCUUUGUUAAGACUGUUAAUAUAAAAACUGAAAAAAGUAGAAGUACACCGAAAGGCAUCAAAUAUCUCAAUACAGUAAGUUUGAAAAGAAAGUAUACUUGGGACUUGGAGUAAAAAUCCCAGGUCAAGUAAAAAAUGUGGAUUAGACUUUUUAGGGAUGCUGAUGAUUAAAUCUAGGGCCUUACGUGUGCUAAGUAUAUGAUAUGCCUUUUAAGAGCAUUCUUUUUUUCUUGAUGAAGUUGUUUUGAGACUGUCUGUAUAAAUGCCAGACCAUCCUGCCACCUCUCAAAAUUUGUUUGAACUUUUUUUUUUUUUUUAAAGCAUGCAUUUGUACUCCCAGCUAUUCAGGAGACUGAGAAGGGACGCUUGCUUGCACCCAGGAAUUUGACACUAGCCUGGGUAACAUAGAACCUAUCUUUUUUUUUUUUUUUUUUGUCUUUUUCAUUUUUAUCGGUACCAGGGAUCGAACUCACGAAUGCCUGCUUGCAAGGCAGGUGCUUAUGCCGCUGAGCUAAAUCCCCAGCCCCCAUAGAACCUAUCUUAAUCAACCAGUCAAUCAGUCAAUUCCUUUUUUGCAAAGUAUAAUAGAAGCAUAAAACAAAAAUUCCUGUUUUUUGAGUGUAUAUUGUAUAGUAAUUUUUGUAAUUCCUAAUUUUUUUCCAUCUUGGAAUAGAAUUUAUUUUUUUUAAUUUUUUAUUGAUGCAUGUUUGUAAUACAUGGUUACAUUCAUCAUGGGGAAUUGGUAAAUAUACAUGACAUAUGUUAAUUCUUUUUUUUAAAUUCCCUUCCCCUCCCCUCCUUCCCUCUCCCUACAUCUCUUGCAUCACUUUAUAAAUAUAGUGUUUGUAGUAUAUAAUGGUUACAUUGCUCAUAGGGACUUGAGCAUGUUUAAUUCCUAAUUUUAAUAGUAUUUCUGGAGUACCUAGAAUUUGUAGGCCAGGGUUUUACCUGUGUUACUCUGUUACCUAUACUACUAUUUCUUUCUCACAGUUUUGUAAGAAAGUUGUCAUAAGACAGAAGUCAGAGUUUAAAAUCACAUACCUAAGAUCUUGGUGAUCCACCAUGUAUUGCUUCAGACGUGGUUCUACUACGAUAAUUUCGUAUUUUUUUAAAAAAAUUAUUUCUACCCCAUUAAAGCCCAACCCUUAAAUUGAAAAUACCUUUGAGACAAUUACUAUAUCUAUGAAUAAGCAAUUGGGACAACACACUUGAAUAUUACAAAAAAACUUCCUGUACUGGGAAAAAAUAUUUGUUUAGUAACUACGACCACCAUAUGAGCUGCGUUGAAUUUUUAUUAUUCAAGUUUAAAACACAUCUAAUUUGCUGUUUUUUUAAAGAGCCUGUAGUAUGCAAGCAAUAACAUAGUGGGUGAGAGAUGACAGUUUGGGCAAGAUUUUUAAAACUUCAAAUCUCAGUUGUUAACUUACUAAAUAUGUAACCAGAGCAAGUUAAUCUUUUUUUUUUUGGUUUUCUUAUCUAUUACAUGUAGUUGUUAAUGGGCUUUCACAGAACUGAUUUUUAGAAUUAGAUGUUAUAAAGCAUUAUGGUUAGAAUAUGUUCAGUUUUAGUAAUAUGAACAAAACACAUUUGGCAUACGCAACUCAAGAAAUGGACAGAAAAUUUUGAUUAUCAUAAUAGGGAAUAGUUCUUGCCUUUUGCUGGACAAAUACCAGGUGUUAAGAAUCUAGUGUCCUCAUAACAUGGUUAUAUAAAGAAAUCACUAGUGACUCUCAGGUGCUUGUUACAACUAGUUGAGUCAACACAUAUCUAAAAUAAUACUGAAUAUAAGACUAACCAAGUACUAAUUAAUUAUAUUUUAGUACUUGUAUUAUGUUGGGCAUUGAGCUAAUGCCCUUAGAAAUUUAGUUUUUCAGGGAACAAAGAUCUUUAACAAGUAUGCAAAGUACAGUGAAAGACAAGUACAGAUUAAUACCAGAUUAUAACCUAGAGCCUUCGCCUAAUUAUCUGUGGUUCAGGUUAAUGUUUUUGUUAAUAUUCAGAAGGAAAAGCAAUAAAAAGGCUCACUGGUGGAGACAACUUAAAGUAAACCUUAGUGGCUAGAUAACUUUUGAAUGAAGCUAAAGGGCAUUAGAGUAUAUUUUAGGCAAAGAUAAUCUGAGCAGAUGUAUCUGAAAUAUGAGUAAGCAGUGUCUUUUGGUGUUACCUGAAGCAAAAUGGCCAUGAGGGAUUGAGGGCCAAUCAGGAGAUUCCUUGAAAGCCAAGUAGAAUACUUGAAUACUUAUUUUUAAUAAAAAUUAUGAAAGUAAGGAAGAUAAACUUGCAGUAAUAAGCAAGAUAGAGUAUGUGAAAUCCAAGUAAAAACUAAAAAGCUGUUGCCAUUUUUCUACAAAGGUAAUGUUAAAGGAUUAGCUGGGAGUGGUCACAUUUGAAGGACACUUAGAUUCUGGGUAUUACAGAUAAAAGUUGAUCAUGGACAGCACAUUAUAUAUGGAUUGAGUGGCGUUAGCACUAUCAAAAGCAGUUGUGGAAAUCUGAUGUAGUACAGUAGCAUUACUAAAAGUUGGAGAUUUUAUUACUCUAGCAAAUCUCUAUACUUUGGGCCAAACAACUGUUUAAUAGCUGUUUAAAAAUCUUUGCCUUUACAAGUGAAUUGGCUUUGGAAAGGAUAAUGUGAUUCAUUGUGUAGUGAGUUAGCAGUCAAUGUGCAGUGAAUAUAGUGGCCUUGUAAUAAUAGAAAAUGUGAUAGUGAACUUUGUGCUUUGUUAGGUAAAACAUAUAACUGCAAAUUGGUUACACAUGCAUAUAAAUAUUAACUGGAAAGUUCAGAUUUCAUAUCCCAGGCAAAAGUACCUUUGGUAUUUAUUUUAAAUGCUCAAGAUUAGCUUAAUAGCCCAGAGAUACAGCUUUGUGCCUUAGUGCCUACCUCGUUAAUAAAAGGUCCUGAGUUUGAGUCCCAAUAUACCCCAAAAAUUAGUAUAACAUGUCAGUAGGCAUAAUAAAAUAUACUUUAUUUUGCGAAUAAUCAUAUACAAAUGUCCUGAAAACAUGCCAAACAAGUUACUUUUUAAUUUGAAAACUUGUACUUCAAAGAAUUAGGUCACCCAUCUUACAUACCAUUUGGUUAGACACAGUAAAUUUGCGGUGAGACUGUUGGCCUCAGAAGCUGCUGUCAAAAUUACACUGCUGUUAUAAGGAGGGAAAAUUUUUUUUCCCCCAAAACUCCGUUAUGGGCAAGUCUUCCCUGCGCAUUGCCAAUAAACUCUGCUCUCAGGCUCAUAGCCUUUUAGUUGCGUGAAAGGAUCGAAGUGUUGAGAAAGUCCCAAAUUGUAGCUAAAGAUGUUUUUCAUUUCCCUCCAUUCCUCAUUUUUGCUAUAUGUAGUCUGGAUUUUCAGGAGCUUCAUGACUAACAGGACUGCCAAAUGUAAAUAUAGAGGAUGUCCAUAUAAAUUUGAAUUUUGAAUCAUAUCUUUAGCACAUGGGACAUUUAUGCUUCUAAAAAAUAUCUUAAGUUACAGGUGAACUGAGUGACCUGUAUUUUAUCUGGCAAGUGAUAGAACUUUUGGCGCCACUAAAACGAUAGAAAUACGAAAUAAAGUGGCCUUUAAGAAUGUGGAGAGAGAACCCUGGACCACUGAGGUCUGGCUUUUCUCUCUGCCAGACACGUGGUGUGGGGGCAUACAUGUAGGGGUGGUACCUAAUGGGCAUUACUAAUACAGGAGUAUCCCACUGGAAUUCAUUUCAGGCCACAGGUAAAUUGCCUAGGGGCGCGGGAAGGUGACCUCAAGAUAGAGCCCCUUGGUUCCGUCUCCCACCGCUGCAGUGUCCCAUUUAGGGCAAAGUCCUUUCAGCAAGUCCUAAUAACUUUUUUUUUCUUUAAUGUUAACGUCCCAUUAAAUAAAAAACUAAAUGGAAAGCAAAGAAAAAGUUGUUUGGGGCGGGAGCAAACUAGGCUCCUGAGCAGGCGCCUUCGCUCAAACUUGACCGGGGAAAGGGUGGGGGGUGCACAAUUCCGCGAGCCUGCGCAUUAUGGUGAGUUGCACGGCGGCUUUCCCGCCUAUUUUCUGCCGAAUGUAGCACUGGGGCUACGCCGCGGGGGUGGAGCACAGCAGGGCUGUGUCCUUGCCGGGGAGGAGAGGAGGCGCCGGAAAGUUUAAACAAGGCCAAAGUACAACGUGUCCACUUCGACGACGGUGCGCGCCGCCAUCUUCUUUGCGGGCAGAGACCAGCAGAAUACUGGGGCUCCCUGACCUCCACUGAGACUUGGGGGGCCGGACCGCGGCCGCGGCACUGCGGUGACGCGGAGUCGGGGGUGCCCUUUGGGGGGCUGAUUCCUAGAGGCGCGUCGGAGCUUGCUAAGGCGGGAGCGGGACGCCGCCUUUCUCCCGGAUGUAAGAUGGCGGCUCGGGGGCGGCCCGGCGCGCGGUCACGUGGUGGGAGCAGCGCGCCAGCCUCCCUCCUUAAGUGAUCUCUAUGGUUCGUCCAGACGCACAGGAGCUGCGGAGCGCGAGACGGCAGUGUGUCCGCUCGGCCGAGCGACGGCGCCCAGCCAGCCGCACAGCGGUUUCAGUUUGACGGGGUUUCCGUGUGCUGUUUUCGCCUCUUGCGGAGCCGUGCGGGAUUUCCCCAAAGGGUGCUGGCGAACCAAUGGCCUGGGGAUUUCCGGGCUGUGCCGCGGCCCCGAAUCGCCGCUGUGGGACGCGCCCGGGCUUUCGCGGGGCGGAGAGCGGGCGGCGGGGCGCGCGGCAGGCGGGCGGGGCGCGGGGUCUCGCGGGCCAAGCCCGGGAGCGCUGCUUGCGGCUCGGGGACCGUCUCGAUUCCCGUGGCGUCUCGUCGCGCUUUUGCCGCCUGUUUCCUGCUUUCAUGUGGCGCGGGGAGGAGGGCGCGGCUUCCUCUCCGGAGCGGUCGCGGGAGAAGACGCCCGCGGGCUGCCGCCCCGGCCCAGGAGCUCGUGGCGGCGGCGGCAGCGGCGGGGCUGGGCGGGGUCUCGGGCGCGGCGCGAAGCGAAGAGCGGGAGGAGAAGGGGCGGCUGCGGUGGGGCGAGAACGGAGGGGCGCGCGCCGCUCGCCGCCCUGCGCGUGUCCGGAGGCUCCCGACACCAUGGCCCUGGCUGAGGUAGUAGUUUGUGCUGUUGGUCGGGUUGUGACAUUGCCCGCUGUGGAGAUAACUGCGCAAGCUACUGCCUUGCUAGUGCUGGUGAUGCUCAGCGCCGCGGAGGACAAUGGCUGGGAAUCCCCUUUGUUUUCCGGGACGCGGGGAUAGCCCGCCGAGCCGGCCCGGCCCUCGGAAACCGUUAGCUCAGCUCUUCGGGGAACCGGGGCGCGGGCGGAGGGCACCGCGCUGUAUUUUAAAGCUCUGGGAAGAGCCGAGCCAUUGGAUUCGCUCUCUUGAAGGAAGGAGUGAAAUUGUGCAAGAUAUUGACACGUAACUUUUCACCCCAAAGGAUUUUAACGCCUUUUUGAGUAACCCAAGAUUUAGAUUGUGACUAUUUUUGCUUAAUUCUGGUUGCGGUGGAAUGAGCUAUCCAGCCUUGCACAGCAGGUACUGGGGCCAGAGUAGCAGACCCCACAAUGACAAAGUUUGUGCUUUAACAUUUUAGAUCUGGUGUUCUCUUGCUGUAGGUGCAUUGAAGAGUCUUUUUAAAAUGUAAAACCUAAAGUAAUUUAGAGCUUGUAUUUAAAACUUGGUUUGCAACUCCUUGCAUGAGAAGCUUUAAGUUUAUAGUUAAAUACAUUACUCAGGUUUUUUUUAUGUUACAAAGCAAAAAAUAAAUUUUAUUCAGAGUACUGUCA